AAGAACCCAAUUACAAGACAAACCGGCCAUAAAUUCAAGCUAUAGUAGAACAUAUGAAAAAUUCAAAAGCAAUUUAUAACCAAAAAAUCAACACUUUGAAGGAUGAUGGCUACUACAUAUAUGCGACUGAUGCAUCGGUGAUGGCAAAUAAAGUUGGAUGUGCAGUGUACGUGGAAACAACCAAUGUCUCAUACCUUUUUAACAUAGACGGAAAUUUUACCUCAACCUACGGUGAGCUAGUUGCACUAUCUCAGGCAGCUACAAUAGCAAGCAACAGCGGGAACAAAAAGAUAGCAAUUUUCACAGACAGCCAGGCAGCAAUCAAAGCCCUCGACAAUCACACCACACAGAACUUCCUUGUGGCAGAAAUUCACAACAAACUACACAGAUCCAACAUAGAAAACAUAAUGAUAGUAUGGACACCCAGUCAUGUUGGGAUAACUAUAAACGAAAAAGCCGACAUUGCUGCAAAAACUGCAAUUGAUUUCGGUCAGAUACCUGUAAUACGUGCAACACUAAGGAAACGGCGGAACACCUUAUAUUCGACUGCAGUGCUUACAGCACUCUAAGAAUAGAGUAUACGCUUUUCCAAACGUACCACAACUUCAAACAAAUUCUGCUUUCAAAAAAUCCCACCAUUUACAAACAACUUAUUGACUUCCUACACAGAAGUGGGCUGGAUAAAGCACUAUAGUGAAAAAAAAAGCUCAGUUGUAUCGUCUUUUGUGUCGUUCAGUGUUCCGUCUCUAAUUGUCAAAAACAAAUAAAUAAAUACGAACGAAAUCAUCUGUCAAACCAACCUCCACCACUUCUAAAUCAACCUCCACAAAGCAAAUAAGAUAAAACAAAUCACACAAUUUCGUUUACACCGAUGAGGACAUCUACAUCAACAAAUAAAGGAAAAACUGUGACUGAAGGAUAAACACCACGUUUUACAAACCUGGCACUUGAGGUUAUACACCUUGCCAUUUAGGGGACCAAUCGAUUAGGUUCCUAUAGCCAAAAAAAAAAAAAAU